CGACAGUCGGCAGCAUCGACUAACCGUGACCGUGCGUAGAAAUCCCCUCUGCAGCUUGUGAUACGUGUUUGUGAAGUUUAGCGUUGGCUAGCAUAACUAGGAUAAGUUAACAUUUAGCGGUGGUCUAGUUUAGGCGACCGACUUUAGCGAUUACAGCACACCGAGUACAGUUCAGAUGGCUAUGCUGUUGUAGAUGAUAAACAGAGACCUACACAUUAUAUUCGAGCAUGGCGACGCUGACAUGAGACUUUUCGUACUUGUAGUUACAACCGUCGAUACAGUUUUGCUAGCUAGCUUAGCAAGCUUCAGGUCGAAGUGGUUCUUCAGAAGUCAAAUGAUGUCCUGUAUAUGUAGAUCUGCUGCGAGGGUGCUUUUAAAUUCAGCACAGAAGGUUACAGGGUUGUCAUGGUCCCGCAUUCACCUCUUUGCCCUUGGUACAUCAGUGUUCCCUGAAAGUCAUCUAUCUUCAGAAGUGCGAGUCAGAUUGUUCUCACAGACAGCAGUGUGUUUUGCCUCAAAGGAUGGCACACCAAAAGAUGGCUCCAGUGAUGGAGGAAAGAAAAGUUCAACAGAGAUGGAAGGAAAGAGAUUGACAGGCUCAGGGGGGUCAGGCAAAGGGGGGAAUCAACUAUGUUGCCCCAAAUGUGGAGACCCCUGCACACAUGUGGAGACGUUUGUGUCGUCUACACGUUUUGUGAAAUGUGAAAAAUGUCAUCAUUUCUUUGUGGUUCUUUCUGAAACUGACUCCAAGAAGGGUCUGAAUAAGGAGACAGAAUCUGCUGCUCAGGCUGUUAAACUGGCAUUUGCCCAGAAACCUCCCCCACCCCCUAAAAAGAUCUAUUCCUACCUCGAUAAAUAUAUUGUUGGCCAGUCAUACGCAAAGAAAGUGUUGGCCGUAGCAGUGUACAACCAUUACAAACGAAUCUACAACAACCUCCCGGCAGGAGGCAGACAGCCAGAGGACAUGGAGAAGCAGGGCUCCAUCUUGCCACGAGAGCUAGAGAUCAGAAGACGGGAAGAUGAAUACAGAUUUACAAAGUUGCUUCAGAUUGCUGGGAUCAACCAACAUGGUAGUGCGCUCGGUGCGACUGUUCACCAGCAGGCCACUCAGCAAGCUCCUCAGGAGAGAAGAGGUGGGGAAGUGCUAGACUCCGCCCAUUCUGACAUUAAACUGGAGAAGAGCAACAUUAUACUCCUGGGCCCUACUGGAUCUGGUAAAACUCUUUUGGCACAGACACUGGCUAGGUGUUUGGAUGUUCCCUUUGCUCUCUGUGACUGUACUACCCUGACGCAGGCAGGAUAUGUGGGUGAGGAUAUUGAAUCUGUUAUCGCCAAACUACUGCAAGAUGCCAACUACUCAGUGGAGAAGGCCCAGCAAGGGAUAGUAUUUCUGGAUGAAGUGGAUAAAAUUGGCAGUGUUCCAGGAAUCCAUCAGCUCCGAGAUGUAGGAGGAGAAGGCGUUCAGCAGGGUUUGUUAAAGCUUCUAGAAGGGACAAUUGUAAAUGUUCCAGAAAAGAACAGCAGAAAGCUGCGAGGAGAAACUGUGCAGGUAGACACAACCAACAUCCUGUUUGUGGCAUCAGGGGCCUUCAAUGGGCUGGACCGCAUCAUUAGCCACAGGAAGAAUGAGAAGUACCUGGGUUUUGGCACACCCUCUAACCUGGGUCAGGGCCGGCGGGCAGCGGCAGCCGCAGGCCAGGCCUACAGCGCAGGAAGUGGAGUGGACGCAGAGGCCGAAAUCCAGGAGAAGGACAGUCUCCUGAGGCAUGCGGAAGCGCGGGACCUCAUCGAGUUCGGCAUGAUCCCCGAGUUUGUGGGCCGGCUGCCUGUGGUGGUGCCGCUGCACAGCCUUGACGAAGAGGCGCUGGUGCGCAUUCUCACACAGCCCCGCAACGCAGUGGUGCCUCAGUACCAGGCCCUUUUCAGCAUGGACAAAUGUGAGCUAAAUGUAACUCCUGAAGCCCUGAGGGCCAUUGCCAGACUAGCUCUCGAGAGAAAGACUGGUGCCCGCGGCCUGCGGUCAAUCAUGGAGAAGCUGCUGUUGGAGCCCAUGUUUGAGGUGCCACACUCAGACAUAGUGACUGUGGAGCUGAAUAAGGAUGUGGUCCUGGGCAAGAGUGAGCCUUGUUAUAUCAGGGCUCCAGCUAAGGAGAUCACAGAAGAGGAAUAUGAUUCUAGCAUUGAGGAGGACAACUGGCCAAGACAAGCAGAUAUUGCCAACAACUGAUAAUGUGGCUGCUAAUCCUUUCAAGAUCUAGAUAUAGAAUGGUCAUUUUAAA